UUCAAUGGAAAUAUAUAUUGCCAAAGAUAUAUUUUGUCAAGACUGGCAUAGCCUGAUACAUAACUGUUAUUCUAAGCUGUUGUUCAGUGCUCCAUGAAAUAUCUCCCAACCAAGAUGUUUCUUUUGGCCAAAAACGUGUGCAUUUCUCGACGAACCUUGGUUCCAGUCUUUCAGCGGUUUUUAAGCUUGAAUGCGCUUAGCGACCACAAAGAAGUUCGUGCACUUGAAUGUCAUAAUGGCGGAAAGGUGAAACCUACCUUCUCGUCCCAAGAAAUGCAACUCCGUCUGGACACGAUUCGACGCCAUAUGGAGACAAACGGAAUUGACGCAUGCGUAUUUACAUCUUAUCACAACAUCCAUUAUUACAGUGAUUUCCUUUAUUGCUAUUUUGGUCGACCUUAUGCGCUCAUUGUCACCCCGUCGAAGACGACGAGUGUUUCUGCUGGCAUCGACUAUGGUCAGCCGUGGCGCCGAACAUUCGGUGAGAACAUCGUCUAUACGGACUGGAAAAGAGACAAUUAUUAUCACGCUGUGCAACAACUGGUUGGCGACGCCAAAACAGUAGGGCUGGAGUAUGACUGGGUCCAUCUCGACAGUUACCGAAAGUUCACCGAUGCCUUACCGAAUGCAAAAUUCGUAGAUGUCAGUCAAUCGACCAUGAAAAUGCGAAUGAUUAAAUCUCCCGAAGAAAUUGAACUUAUAAAGCAAGGUGCACGUAUUGCUGAUCUUGGAGGAGAGGCAGUUGUCAAGGCAAUCAAAGAGGGUGCCUCUGAGCACGAGAUUGCUUUGGCUUCAACAAACGCGAUGGUCAGAGAGAUUGCAGACACAUAUCCGCAUUCUGAAAUACGAGAUACAUGGACUUGGUUCCAAUCAGGAAUUAAUACCGAUGGUGCUCAUAACCCAGUUACCACCCGCCGAUUACGAAAAGGAGAUAUCCUCAGUUUGAACUGCUUUCCUAUGAUAGCUGGAUACUAUACAGCACUCGAGCGUACGCUUUUUUGUGAUCACGUGCCAACAGACCGGCAUAUGGAACUCUGGGAAGUCAACUGCAAAGUUCACCGUCGGGGCCUGGAGCUCAUAAAGCCAGGUGCGCGUUGCAGCGACAUCGCCAAUGAACUUAACGAGCUCUACCUUGAACACGAUUUGCUGAAAUAUCGUACGUUUGGAUACGGUCAUUCCUUUGGUGUUCUUUCUCAUUAUUACGGACGCGAAGCUGGGCUGGAAAUCCGCGAAGAUAUCGAGACGAUGUUACAGCCAAAUAUGGUAAUAUCCAUGGAACCAAUGAUUACAAUUCCCGAGAGGGAGCCUGGUGCAGGUGGAUAUAGAGAACACGAUAUACUUGUUGUCAAGGAGACAGCGAGCGAAAAUAUUACUAAGUUCCCGUACGGACCAGAACACAAUAUCAUUAAAAACUAAUGGCAAAUGUAACUUAGCGGCUAGAAAUGUAUUUUUUGUGGUUUUGUUGCUAGGGUCUUUAUUUCUUGAAUUUAUACGCAGCGAGAUAGUACUCACAACCAAUUAUAUUAUUCUCAUAAAUAUAUAGCAUAUAUUUAUUGCAUAAUUAAUCAUAAACUUGAUCCCGUUGUGGAAAAAAAAAUAGAAAUUUGAAAUGAUAAGUAUUUGUAGGAAAAUCUACGGAAUACAGAACUAAAUCCAUUUUUGAAUUUAUCUAGGUUUUUAUCUAUUUAAUUGAAAUUCCCACUGUCUUCAGUGCAGUGGAAAAUAGGAAUGCUGACCGUGACAAAAUGAGUCAUUUACUAAACAGCAAUGGAGGGUCAGAGAUGAUUAAACACAUUUAACCUUG